AUGCCUCUCUCAAUCAAUGUCCUUCCAAUUGAAGGAAAGAAGAUAUUAGUACCUCUCCAUCCAAACGCACCAGUCAAUCAAUUGAUUGCUGAGAUCAUCAAGCGUUGCAAGUUAGAUGCCAACGAGUACACUCUCUAUUUCAAGGGAGAGCUCUUUGGCACUGAUACGUUGGAGUCGCUUGGCAUUCAGGAUGGUGCAGAGUUGACUCUUUGUUCUCCCACACAUCCAUAUAUAGCUCCCGGUGCUGCAGGAGGAGGUGGUGGCCAAGCGCUGGAGCAGAUCUUGAAGGAUGGCAUUGAGGAGAUGAAGAAGAUGAUCAAUCAGAAGAAGAAGUCCUUGCCAGGCUCAAAGAACUGA